AUGGAUACCUUCAAUGUGUUAUUUAUCGAUUCCUAUGACUCUUUCACUUAUAACGUGGUACGGCUUUUAGAACAACAGAAAUUACACGAAUCAACUCAGAGGAUCAAAGUAUUUACCAUUAGAAACGAUACCUUUACAAAUGUCAGCCAAUUGAAAGAAAUAUUGCCGGUCAUUGAUUGUAUAGUUGUUGGGCCAGGACCUGGUAACCCUCUAAAUGGGUCUGAAGAUAUGGGUAUUAUUAAUGAAUUGUUUUCUGGUUCAGAUUUCCAAGAUAUCCCUAUUUUAGGUGUCUGUUUAGGGUUCCAAGCCCUAUGCCAUUCAUUUGGUGCUGAUAUAAUUCAAUUGAAAACUAUUAAGCAUGGUCAAGUAUAUGAUAUUAAUUUAUAUAAUAAUGAGGAUACCCUACUAAAUCCUUUAUUCUUGUCAUUUAAUAGAGCUCGCUCUUUCAAAGCAACAAGAUAUCAUUCUUUAGCAAUUAUUAAUAAUAAUAAAAGUUUAAUACCAUUAGCUUACACUACCGAUGAAAAUGGUACCGUACUCAUGGCCGUUCAAGCUGCAAAGAAAGUCCCUUGGUUUGGGGUUCAAUAUCAUCCAGAAUCUUGCUGUUCAGAAAAUGGGGAUUUACUCGUGGGUAAUUUCCUAAAUUUUGCUUUUGAUUAUAAUUCUAAAACUAAUACAGCAAGGCAAUUGAAAAAACUAUCUUUAAUUAAUAAUGAUCAGAUAAAAUAUAAAAAAAUAUUAUACCAAUUGAAUUUAAUUAUUGAUAAAAAGCCAAUAGAUGUUGACUUAUCUGCUUCUUUGCUUGCAAAUAAAAAUGAAUGUGUAAAUAAUGAUAUACUUAAAAAGAUUGAAAUCAAAGAAUAUUCUAUUAAUAAUUAUGAUAAGCCAAAUAUUACUAUGAAAAUAGCAGAAGAUUUGCUGGUUGACUAUGACAAAUUUGUUUUAGCUUCUUCAACAGUUAAUAAAAACCGUGGGGAAUGGUCAAUUAUUGCUUUACCUGAUUCAAAUUCAGAAGUUUUCACACAUUUUACUCAAGUCAAUAAAACAUGUAUUUACAAGUGGAGAGAUCCGCAAAUUACUAAAAAUCAAUUAGAUUCUAUGUUAGAGAAGUCUGACAAAUUUGCUAAUUCUAAUGCUUACUUAAAAGUGUUUAGUGAAGCAAAAGAAGGGUUUUGGAAAACGAUAUCUAGUUAUAUGAAAAAUAAAUUAUUUGCUUACAAAAAUCAUUUACCAUUUAUUGGUGGUUUAGUGGGUGUGAUGUCUUAUGAAUUUGGUAAUUAUGUUCAAAUGAAUAUGGAUCCAAAUGAUCUUUUAAUGCCGGAUGCUAAGCUUGUGUUUAUUAAUAAUACUAUUUUAAUUAAUCAUGUGGAUAAAAAAGUAUAUACUAUUUCAUUAAACAACACUUUUCCACCUCAAAUUUCUGAUAAUUUGUCCAACUAUUUAAAAGAUAAGAUUCAAACUACAGAAGAUAAUUUGGAAUUAUCAAAAUUACCUAAAGAUGUUACUUUUGAUAUAAUUAAGCCAGUUAAGAAAGAUUAUGCAAAUGCUUUUGAAGCUUGUCGAAAUUAUAUCAAGCAAGGGUAUUCGUAUGAAAUGUGUUUAACAACCCAAACAAAAAUUACGCCAAGCAAAAAGUUAACCCCAUGGAGAAUUUUUCAAACAUUAACUAGAAGAAACCCAGCUCCUUUUUCAAAUUAUUUUUUCUUCAACGAUAUUAUUGAUAAUGAUUCUAAUAGUGUGUGUCUCGUUAGCAGUUCUCCUGAACGAUUUUUAAAAUGGGACUUAGAUUCGUGUGAAUUAAGACCCAUUAAAGGCACUGUUAAGAAAUCAAAAACGAUGACAAGAGAAUUAGCUACAGAGAUCUUAAAGACACCAAAAGAAUUCGGAGAAAAUUUAAUGAUUUUGGAUUUAAUCCGUAAUGAUUUGUACGAAUUACUAUCAGACGUUAGAGUUGAAGAGUUUAUGUCUGUUGAAGAAUAUGCGACAGUUUACCAAUUGGUUAGUGUUAUUAAACUGUAUGGAAUGGCCAAUCCGCAGGUGAAUACCAAUAAUUAUGUUGGAUUAGAUGUAUUAAAGCAUUCAUUACCUCCAGGUUCUAUGACUGGAGCCCCAAAGAAAAAAACUGUUAAACUGCUUCAACAAGAUCCAAUGUUGGAGACAAAUUUGAACAAGCAUACCACCAAGGAUACUCGUGGUCUAUACAGUGGUGUCUCUGGGUAUUGGUCAGUGAAUGGAAAUGGUGAUUGGUCUGUUAAUAUUCGUUGUUUGCAUAGUUAUAACGGUGGUGAUGAUUGGGCUAUUGGUGCUGGUGGGGCUUUAACGAUUUUGAGUAAUGUUGAAGCUGAAUUAGAUGAAGUGUUCGUUAAGUUGGAGAGUGCCUUACAAGUAUUUAAUGAUUCCACUCAAAUUUAA